AAGACGAUCUUCCCCUGUCAGGAGAGAGAGAAAGCGCAGUCAUUCUCGAUCUCCCCGUCACAGAACCAAGAGCCGGAGUCCAUCCCCUGCUCCAGAGAAAAAGGAAAAAACUCCAGAGCUCCCAGAACCAUCAGUGAAAGUAAAAGAACCUUCAGUACAAGAGGCCACUUCUACUAGUGACAUCCUGAAAGUUCCCAAGCCUGAACCUGUACCAGAGCCUAAAGAACCUUCUCCAGAGAAAAAUUCCAAAAAGGAAAAGGAAAAGGAGAAGACCAGGCCAAGAUCUCGGUCACGUUCCAAGUCAAGAUCCCGGACACGUUCUCGUUCUCCUUCUCAUACUCGACCUAGACGGCGUCAUAGAUCCCGAUCAAGAUCAUAUUCACCUAGAAGGAGGCCAAGCCCAAGAAGGCGGCCAUCUCCUCGAAGAAGAACUCCGCCAAGACGAAUGCCUCCUCCACCAAGGCAUAGAAGGAGUAGAUCUCCAGUGAGACGAAGGCGACGUUCAUCAGCAUCCUUGUCUGGGAGUAGCUCGUCUUCAUCUUCAUCUCGUUCCCGGUCACCGCCAAAGAAGCCUCCAAAGAGGACAUCCAGCCCCCCUCGAAAAACUCGUAGGUUAUCUCCUUCAGCAAGUCCUCCGAGGCGAAGGCAUAGGCCAUCACCUCCAGCAACUCCACCGCCAAAAACUCGUCAUUCCCCAACACCCCAGCAGUCUAACCGUACAAGGAAAAGUCGUGUUUCUGUUUCUCCAGGGAGAACUUCAGGUAAAGUGACAAAACAUAAAGGUACUGAGAAAAGAGAGUCCCCUUCACCAGCACCCAAGCCUAGAAAAGUGGAGUUAUCUGAAUCAGAAGAUAAAGGUGGCAAAAUGGCUGCGGCAGAUUCUGUGCAGCAGAGACGCCAGUACAGACGACAGAACCAGCAGUCUUCCUCUGAUUCUGGCUCCUCCUCUUCCUCAGAAGAUGAGCGACCCAAAAGGUCCCAUGUGAAGAAUGGUGAGGUAGGCAGGCGGCGGAGACAUUCCCCUUCCCGGAGUGCCUCUCCAUCACCUCGAAAACGCCAGAAAGAGACUUCCCCUCGUGGUAGACGGAGGAGAAGCCCCUCCCCGCCACCCGCCAGAAGGCGGCGUUCUCCUUCUCCUGCUCCUCCUCCUCGACGCCGCAGGUCGCCCACACCACCACCGCGACGAAGGACUCCUUCACCUCCUCCCCGUCGGCGCUCACCUUCCCCAAGAAGAUACUCUCCUCCAAUACAGAGGAGAUACUCUCCUUCUCCGCCUCCAAAGAGAAGAACGGCUUCACCCCCUCCUCCUCCUCCUAAACGAAGGGCAUCACCAUCUCCACCACCAAAGCGUCGGGUCUCCCACUCACCACCUCCCAAACAAAGGAGCUCCCCAGUCACCAAGAGACGUUCACCUUCAUUGUCUUCAAAGCAUAGAAAGGGGUCUUCCCCGAGCCGGUCUACCCGGGAGGCCCGGUCGCCACAACCAAACAAACGCCAUUCGCCCUCACCACGGCCUCGAGCGCCUCAGACCUCCUCAAGUCCUCCACCUGUCCGAAGAGGAGCAUCGUCAUCACCCCAAAGAAGGCAGUCCCCAUCUCCAAGUUCUAGGCCCAUUAGGAGAGUCUCCAGGACUCCGGAACCCAAAAAGACAAAAAAAGCUGCCUCACCAAGCCCUCAAUCAGUAAGGAGGGUCUCAUCUUCCCGAUCUGUCUCAGGAUCUCCUGAGCCAGCAGCUAAAAAAGCCCCAGCACCUCCAUCCCCUGUCCAGUCUCAGUCACCCUCUACCAACUGGUCACCAGCGGUACCGGUCAAAAAGGCUAAAAGCCCGACACCAAGCCCAUCACCGGCAAGGAAUUCAGACCCAGAAGGAGGUGGAAAGAAAAAGAAGAAAAAGAAGGACAAGAAACACAAAAAGGAUAAGAAGCACAAGAAGCACAAAAAACACAAGAAGGAGAAAGCUGUGGCUGCGGCGGCUGCCCCCGCCGUGGCGCCUGCGGCUGCCGCUGCUCCCACCACUGCAUCAGCGCAGGAGGAGCCGGAGGCAGAGCCGGAGCCCAAGAAGGAGACUGAAAGUGAGGCUGAAGAUAACCUUGAUGACUUAGAAAAGCAUCUGCGUGAGAAGGCCCUGAGAUCAAUGCGGAAGGCUCAAGUGUCCCCACAGUCCUAGGUGGAAAUGUUUGUUAUGAUGUAAAUUUUAUUUGGUUUGUACGCAAUUCAAUUUCAAAAUUGCUAAAAUGUGUUUGAGCUUUAGACUAUAACAUUUGUUGUAAUAAUUGCUAGGUUGAAGUUCACCAUGUAAAAAAAGGGCAUGGAUUUACAUUGCAAAAGGUGUCCACAGUGUAUUAGUGACAUUCUUUCAUUGACAGCUGACAUAAAUUCAUUUAGCGUGAACUAUUUUAAGCCAAAAAAAAAUCUCCUUUUUAAAAAAGGGGGUUUAAAUACUGUUGGCAUUCAUAUGGUUCCUUUAAAUGCCCCUGGCUAUUCCCAGAGGUUUUUCUUUCUUCUUUUUACCUUUUCUUUAUUUCUGUCUUUUUUUUUUUUCCUCAUUUGAGUCUUAGCACCCGUUUAAGUUAUGAUGCUUCCAACCUUGUAUGGUUUGCAAGCUUGCCCAGAAAUAAGACCACUGUUGAACUACCACAAAAGUAUAAAUGAAUAUUUUAAUGCCACAAUCUUUCCUGUUGCCUGUGGAGUCUCUGCUGAAAUGAAUCAGGAUUUGAGCUCUAGGAUGAGACAGAAAAUGAAAGCAUGUUGUUUGCCAGGACACUGUGGGUUUAUAUUGAUGUGUAACAAGUUGAUUUGGAACACUGGAAUUUCAUUCUAUUCUGUUGUGUUUUUUUGUUUAAGGCAAUUAACUAGCCCCAGGAAGGAUCCUUCAGUUAUAUAAAAUUUUGUUUAAUGAAAUGUCAUGGCUCCAUUCAUAAUUUUGUCUUGUUCUUCCAAUUGGUAUACACAGCUUUCAGAGCUCUUGUAUUUGGAAGGCUGGAAGGGCCCAGACUUUGAAAUAGUGUCUUGUUUUCACUGUUUUGUUUUUGUUUUUUGUUUUUUUUUUUAAACUAAAGCUAUAUAAAGCUUGUGGAUUAAACAGAAUAAAUUUCUAAAUUUAAAAAUAUUGGCCACUCACUUUUACUUACCCAUCUCAAUAAUGCAGGAAACUUAUCUUAGAAAUCUUACAGUGCCUAUAUGUUUAACCCCUUGGCACCUUUGGCAGCGUGAGGGUUGGGCAAGGGAAAUACAAGGUGAUGAGAUUGUCUUGCCAUCUUUAUGUUAAUAAUGAUAAGUGCUGUGAAGGGAAAGUGAAGUGAGAUUGGAACUAUAUAAUGGACAGGACAAGUCAGCCAGGCACAGGGGAAGAGUUGAGUUUCAGGCAGAGCAAACAGUAUCUGUGUAUACCCCUAGGCAGAAGGAGCCUGGCACAUUCCAGAAAGUGAAUGAAGGCUAUGAAAUGACUGGAGCAUCCUCCCUUGAUCAUGAGUGGGGUGUGUGUGUGUGUGUGUGUGUGUGUGGGUGUGUGGGUGUGUGAUGUUAGGCUACGAAUGACUAGAGCACCCUCCCUUGAUCAUGAGUGGGUGUGUGGGUGUGUGUGUGAUGUUAGGCUACGAAUGACUAGAGCAUCCUCCCUUGAUCGGGUGUGUGUGUGUGAGUGAUGUUUGGCUCUCCACAGGCCUUUGUUGUAUUUAAGAUUUAGCAGGAAAAUAUAAUUUGAGGAAUCUUGGGAACUGAUAACAUUGUAUCGUAAAACAGCAUUCGAAUAAAAGAAGGAAAGGAAUUUUUGACAAGUGAAUCUAAGCUUACUUAGCAGGUUGACACAUGAGCAGCUAAUUUGAUUAUAAUUUCUGGUAGUUGAAGCAAAAAGAGAAAGACAAUGCCUACAUAUCUCAAUUUCAGGAAAACUUAGGCAGAAGGUGGUUGCUGCUGACUUAAGCCUUCCAGUGUGAACAGACCAAUGAAUCUCACAGGGGUACUUCUGUCUGUCUAGCCAUUUACGCAUUCAUUCAUUCAAUCCAUUGUUUCACGUACCGUUUAUUCAGUAUGCUUUCAUUCCUCCACUUGACUGAACUGCUUGUCAAGGGUAGCAGUACCCUACACUUUACCAAAAAUGAAUAAUCGGUUCUCUAUCCUUUACUAGCCCUCUUGGCAGGAUUUGACUCAAUCGGUCACUCCUUUGUUAAAACACUUCCUUCUCUUAGGUUCAGGGAGGCAACACUGAUUUCCCUUCUAGGUGCAACACUAGUUCCUCCUACUUCACUUGCUGUUUCUUUUAUCUCUGGUGGAUCCUUUCAAGUGGGAAGUGAUGGAAUUUGUCUUUGUCCUUGGUGGCUUUCCCUACAUUUAAUCCCUAGUCCUUUGACUAUCAUCUUUUUGUUGAAUGUCAAGUUCUUUGCAGUCUAACCUUUCUCCUGACAUUGACUCCUAUCCAGCUACCUAGUUAACUUCAUUUGGAUGCCUAGAAGGCAUACCAAACUGAACAUGUCGUCUGAUCUUAUCCCUGUCUCAUUUCAGUACCUGUCCCUCAUUUACUCAAAAUUGAGUUUAUACUGUCAGUGGCUGUAUUGUCCACCCUCUUAACACUCAUGCACACAAGGCUAUUCUGUUCCUGGCAGCCUGAGUCAGAUCAUAGUACUGCUCAAAACCCUCAGACUGCCCUUCCUUGGUAAAACCCACAUUUCUUCCUGUGGCCUACAAGACCCACUAGCAUCUGUACCUUCGUCUCCACUCCUCAGUCUGCUCAAACCACACCUGCCUCCCUGCUCUUCCUUGAACCAAUCAAAGUUGAUCUCUCUCAGGGUCUUGAUAUUCACUGUUCCCUCAUCCUAGAAGGCACCGCCUCCCAAUCUGGCCUGUUACUCGGUUUUCUUCAGACAGGCUUCCCUAACUUCCUCUCCUCCCUUUCAUCUAUAGCUAUUAUUACUACCUGAAAUGAUGUAUUUUUUGGAUCCCUAGGAACUUGGUCUUGUUCAUGACUAUGUCCUCAGCGCCUGGUACAUUGUAGAAGUAGAAAUGCUUGAUGAGCAGAUGA